CUGUAGGGAGAAGUGGCCCUGCCACUGCCCAGCCAUGGGGGACACUUUCAUCCGCCACAUCGCCCUCCUGGGCUUCGAGAAGCGCUUCGUUCCCAGCCAACACUAUGUGUACAUGUUCCUGGUUAAGUGGCAAGACCUGUCGGAGAAGGUGGUCUACAGAAAAUUCACCGAGAUCUACGAGUUCCAUAAAAUGCUGAAGGAGAUGUUCCCCAUCGAGGCUGGUGAGAUCCACAGGGAGAACAGGGUCAUCCCACACCUCCCGGCACCCAAAUGGUUUGAUGGGCAGCGUGCUGCUGAGAGCCGCCAGGGCACACUCACAGAGUACUUCAACGCCCUCAUGGGAUUGCCCGUGAAGAUCUCCCGCUGCCCACAUCUGUUGGACUUCUUCAAAGUUCGGCCUGAUGACCUGAAGCUGCCCACGGACAGCCAGGUGAAGAAGCCAGAGACAUACCUGAUGCCCAAAGACGCCAAGAGUAAUGUAGCUGACAUCACAGGCCCCAUCAUCCUUCAAACCUACCGUGCCAUCGCUGACUAUGAGAAGAAUUCACGCACGGAGAUGACCGUGGCUACUGGAGAUGUGGUGGACGUGGUGGAGAAAAGCGAGAGCGGCUGGUGGUUUUGCCAGAUGAAGACAAAGAGAGGCUGGGUCCCCGCAUCCUACCUGGAGCCCCUUGACAGUCCCGAUGAGGCAGAGGACCCGGAUCCCGACUACGCAGGUGAACCCUAUGUAACCAUCAAAGCCUACACUGCUGUGGAAGAGGAUGAAAUGUCCCUGUCCGAGGGUGAAGCCAUCGAGGUCAUUCAUAAGCUCCUGGAUGGCUGGUGGGUGGUCAGGAAAGGGGAUGUCACCGGCUACUUCCCAUCCAUAUAUCUGCAGAAGGCUGGGGAGGAGAUAACCCAGGCCCAGAGGCAGAUCCGAGGCCGCGGGGCACCGCCGCGCAGGUCGACCAUCCGCAACGCGCAGAGUAUCCACCAGCGUUCUCGGAAGCGCCUCAGCCAGGACACUUAUCGCCGCAACAGCGUCCGAUUCCAGCAGCAGCGCCGGCGCCCCGCACGACCCGGGCCGCAGAGCGCAGAAGGCGCAAGGAACAAUAUGGGGACCCAGCACACCAAGGCGCAGCCCGCCGUGCCACCACGACCCAGCGCAGACCUCAUUCUGCAUCGCUGCACAGAGAGCACCAAGCGGAAGCUGGCGUCUGCUGUGUGAGGGCGCGUGGCGCCCAGAAGGCGUCCCAUCCCUAUCCCUGUAUAUACUUGUAUAUAGCCUGGGGUCUGAGGUUCCUCCCUUGCCACAAUAAAUGUUGUUUGGAGUGGA